AUGGCUCCUGGCAAAUACCUCAUCUUAGGCGCAGCGCUUUUGGCGUCUGCUCUUGCCGACCCCAUUUCGUUUUCAGAGUGGCCGACGAGCUUGACUGCUGGGCAGUCAGUGACUCUGAAAUGGGUUGGAGGAAGCGACGCACCUGCUACCAUCACACUACGAAAGGGCGCAUCUACAGAUCUCCAUGAUGUCCAGGUCCUGACCAACGAUGCUACCAACGGCGAAUUCUCCUGGACACCACCAGCAGAUCUCCAGAAUAGCAAUGACUAUGCUUUCCAAAUAAACCAGGGCGAUGAAGUCAAUUACACUGGACUUUUGCCGCUUUCCGGUGGUUCUGAUGCCCCCAAGCCCGAUGACAAGACUCAAAAGGACGCCGUGAACCAAGAUUCCACAGCAGCAGCAGCAGCAGCAGCAGCAGCAACAACAACAACGUCGUCGGAUCCGUCUUCAGGAUCAGUCAAUACAGAGCCGCCGGCGGCCACAAUAGCGUCAGACGCAGGCGCGACCUCUGGUAUCACUACCUCGAGCAGCGAGGGAUCUAGCACGACGACGAGCACCCAGACUGCAUCGCCAUCGAAAAUGAAUACCCCGUUCGUCGGAUCCAAGAGACCGUCAUCCACUGCGACGGCGUUGACCAGCGUACAAACGGGCUCUGCUAGCCGGGCAGUGACUGUUCCUUUGGCGGUUAUCGGUGGCUCCAUUGCCUUUCUGCUGCUUGUUCAGUAG